CUUGGUUGGCAGACGGAAUCAUCAGAAAUAUUUUUGAAAUUUGAUACCAAUGAUGAUUAUGGCCAUGUUUAGUUCAAAUUAGACCAUCAGUUUCAGAGGAGAAGAUUUUUGUAAAAGUUAACGGUGGAAGCCAAGUGAUGACAAAAGCUCGCUUGACCCUUCUGAUCAGUAACUCUGGGUUAUCGGAUACUGUAUACAGGAAGAUAUUUUUAACAGAUAAAACCGGAUGAACUAUAAACACCUCCUUCAAAGGAAUGAAAAAAACAAUGACAGAGUUAGAUAAUUCAGUCCAGAGAGUGGAUACUACUAUUAAACAAAUUGAAACUUCAGUUGAACAUGUUGAUUCAGCAAUGCACGGAGUGGAUUCGUCAAUUCAAGAAGUUGGCACUUCAGUGAAAAACAUAGACACAACAAUGCACAACAUGGUUACAACAGUUCAAGGACUUGGAACAUCCAACGAAGAAGCAACUCAGAGAAUUAAUUCCUCUAUUCAGAAGUUACUGUCUCAUGUACAGAAAGAGAAGGACAGAAAGCCAUAUGGGAACGGACAACACAUUUUCUACCUUCACAACAAAUGUGACAAUACUGCUGUAGUUGGAAAUAACACAGAAAUUUGUGGAGUUCAAAUGAUGGAUGACGGAAGACUUUUCUUUUGUUCAUCAAACUUGAAUAAACUUUUAAUUUGUAAUGCAGAAAAUUUCAAAUCAGAGACUAUAAACCUCCAAGAACAGUCAAGAGGUAUUACAGCCAUAUCCAGAAAUUAUAUCGCUACCUUGUUUGAGCAGUAUCUAGAAAUUUAUGAUAUAAAUUCAAAAGAAAAAAUAAAAUCAAUACACAUACCAGUGCCACAACCAGGAUGGUGUCAUUACAUUACAAGCAUGAUUAAUAAUGGAUUAGUAGUGGGUGCAAGUUACAAAAUACGUUAUGAAUGUGAAGAACGUAAGACUUUAUUAUUCAUCAUAGACCACCAAACAGAAAAGAUCAUACAGACAAUAGAUAUGGACAAAUAUCCGAACUUCAUACAUGUAUCUAAUGGGAAAAUAUUCAAUUAUGGAUGCAAUCUUUAUGCCCAUAAUUUGAAUUGCUUCAGCUUUUCAGGAGAUAAAAUUUUUACCAAAAAACUACCAUCUCAACCAAAAAGAAUGACUACACUCGCAGAUGGCAGUUGGUAUGUAGUUUGCACAGAUAGAUCAAUACAACAUGUAUCCCAAGAUGGCAAACAUAGUAAAAAGGUGACAACAUCAGAACUACAGUCAACAAAAGACUGUGUUAUGUUAAUGAAUUAUAAUCUCAAACAACGAAAACUGGUUACCUGUGAUACUGACAUAAAAAUUUUCAAUGAGAUGGAUUGAAUAUUAUUCCAAAUGGCAUAAAACAAGAUGCUGUACACAAAUACAUUAUUUUCUAUAGUAAUUUUAUUUCAUACCCAGCUGGAGGUUAGUUAUUGCAAGGGGAAUAUUCUGCAAAGCAGUAAAUUGAUACAAAUUUACAAUUUCUGCAAAAAGGUUUCAUACAGUAAACCGAUUUAUUUUUCUAACGUGACUAUUUUUUCCGUUAGAGUACAUACAAUCUAAGUUGCUUUCCUCUUGCAAUAGUAUAAAAAACAUUUGACUUUUCUACCCUUUACACAAGUAUUCUCCAUUUCAAAU